AUGGCCUCGGUUGACACCACAGCUGGAAAAGUUGCCUGGAACUUGCUACAGUUGGGACUCAAUCCCUCUGUACAGCAACAACUUUACGAAGAAGUCGACGGUUGGGUUCAAAAGGAGGGGAUGCUGGUGCCUGAAAUGUUCAACAGAGCCAAUACUCCAAUCUUGCAAGCCAUUAUCCGCGAAACUCAUCGUCUGACGCCUGCAGUCUUUAUCAACCUGAUCAAGGAAGUCCAGAAUGCGCCGGUAGAGCUUCAUGGUGUGACGCUAUCUCCUGGGUCAGUUGUGGCAUUUGAUUCCUACAAUCCUGGACGGAAUCCCAAUUGGUUGGAGCAUCCUGAAAGGUUCAUGCCUGAGCGUUGGUUUUCUGAGGCUGUGGAAGCUCGUAAAGGUACCCCUGCACAGACGCUAGAUCAUCCCUUUUUUGCAGGACCGUUUUCUCAAGGUGCUCGGAGAUGUCCUGGUUCUAGAGUAGCUUUCCUGGAAGUCCAAGUGUUGUUGGCACAGCUUGUCUUGGACUGGAAACUUGACAUUGCUGAAGACAUCCAGCUACAAGACGUCGAGAGCAAGCUGGAAACAACGCUAGUUCCCGUAUGGCCACGUAUCCACUUUGAAAGUAGGCAAUGA